UUCUCCCACGAGGGUUUUCAGAGGUUGCAAAAACCGUCCAAAUCACGCUGUGAACUGGGGAGAAUCUUCUAACACUGGUCGAGAGAAAAUGGUAACUAGUUGAAUGAACACGUUAUGGCGGCCAACAGUUGUCAAAAACUGAGUUGUCAAAAACUAAGUUGUCAGUAUCGAAGAAAGCUUAGAAUUCUUUUUGUGACUUGUUAACUUAUGUGUUUUGUACCCCUUGUGAGUAACGUCAUCUUUGAAUCGAAAAUAUGAGUGAUAUUCGAGAUAUUUUAGAAUGGGAUCAAGGGCUUGCUUCCGUGCCUACCAAAGAAGCUAUCGUUGGGGGAAACAAGGUGCAAGAGGAGGAAAUGCUUGUGGCAGAAUUAAGAAAAAUUGAAAUGCGCAAGAAAGAGAGGGAAAAGAAACAGCAGGAUUUACAGAAACUCAUCACAGCUGCUGAGAAUCAAGCAGACUCAUACAGAUUGAAAUUAGUGUGGUGUUUCCUUCUUUGUAUUUUCUGGAUGAUGACUUGUAGCCAAGAAAACUCAGAAGAACUGUGGGAACAAAGUGUCAAACGUCCUGAGGGAAUGCAUUGUGAACUUUAUGCCUUGCUAUACAGUGACAGCAGAGACCCUCCACCACUGGCUUCAUCAGACACAUCUCAUGGCUAUAAACAGAUGAAAGCCAAGUUAGGACGCAGGCACGUGAGGCCAUGGAAGUGGAUGCCUUUUACCAACCCUGCUCGCACAGACGGAGCAGUGCUUUACCACUGGAGGAGGGUAGCAGAUGAGGGAAAAGAGUAUCCAUUUGCCAGGUUUAAUAAGGUAAAGUUUUUCCUGUCUGAAUUGUCUCUGAUCAGGCAGGAAUUAAGUUUGCAAGACUAUCUUGACAAUGCUCGCUAGAUGAAGAUGCCAGGAUCAGUUGGAAUGAAGAAAGCUAAGGCAGUUGAACAACUCCUGGAAGAGUUGGGAGUUGUAUUUAUUGAGUUUUAUCUGAACAGGAAUGAGAUGAUUCUGCUGUAUGAUUUGAAGCAAGCAGCUGGGAACUGUGAAUUUGAAAUCCAAUCUUUGAAACAUCGCCUGGAAGCAUUGGGAAAAGACAUAUCUACCAUAAACGUUCCUGUGGAAGCCGUCACUGCUGUUCCCAAAGUG